AUGAAUGACAACUCUCCAUCCCUCCCAGUAGGUCUAGCCUUCGACGAGGGGUCACCGUAUUGGCUAAACAAAGGAGAUAACGCAUGGCAACUAACGGCGGCGACCAUGGUCGGACUACAAAGUGUUCCAGGCCUCGUAAUACUAUACGGCAGCAUGGUUAAGAAAAAAUGGGCAGUGAAUUCUGCUUUCAUGGCCCUUUAUGCCUUUGCUGCAGUUUUGAUUUGUUGGGUCCUGUGGGGCUACCAUAUGUCUUUUGGAACUCCUAUGAUUUCUAUGUUGGGCAAGCCUGAUCAAGCCAUGACUGAAGAGUUUCUGCUAAGGCAAUAUCAACGUUCUUUUCUUCCCACAGUUGAUUAUGUUUUCUACCAAUUUGCUUUUGCUGCCAUCACUGUUAUACUUUUGGCUGGUUCAUUGCUUGGAAGAAUGAACUUUUAUGCUUGGAUGUUGUUUGUUCCACUCUGGCUCACUUUCUCCUAUACAGUUGGUGCAUAUACUAUUUGGGGCUCAGGUUUUCUCAAUGACUUUCUUAUUGAUUUCUCUGGUGGUUAUGUUAUUCAUCUGUCUUCUGGAGUUGCUGGUUUCACUGCUGCUUAUUGGGUUGGACCCAGGCAUUCGCACGAUAGACAACAUUUUCCACCAAACAACAUAAUACACAUGCUGGGAGGUGCAGGGUUUCUAUGGAUGGGGUGGACUGGUUUCAAUGGGGGGUCACCACUAGCAGCAAACAAAAUUACAUCACUUGCUAUACUAAACACGCAUAUUUGCACUGCUAUGAGCCUUUUGGUAUGGCUUUCCCUUGACAUCAUUUUCUACUUCAAAAGCUCCGUCAUUGGUGCUGUUCAGGGAAUGAUCACUGGCCUUGUUUGCAUUACACCUGCAGCAGGAAUUGUGGAUACGUGGGCGGCAAUAAUAAUGGGAGCAUUGUCUGGGUCGAUACCAUGGUACACCAUGAUGGUUUUGCACAAGAAAUCGGCAUUCUUCCAACAGGUUGAUGAUACAUUGGGAGUUUUUCACACUCACGCUGUAGCUGGUUUAUUAGGAGGGAUUCUCUCUGGCCUCUUUGCCCAGCCUGACCUUCUUGAUAUUUUCUAUAUUUCUGCCAGACGUGUUCCGGGCCCGGGCUUUGUGUAUGGAAUAGUUAACGGUGGAGAAAAGUUCCAGCGUGGACUACGCCAAUUGGGUUACCAGCUCUUAGGAGCACUUUUCAUAACAGCUUGGAACGUGGUGGUGACGAGCUUAAUAUGCAUUUUGAUAAGCCGUAUAAUUAAGCUGAGAAUGGAUGAAGAUGAUCUUGAGAUAGGGGACGAUGCAGUACACGGGGAGGAAGCCUAUGCCCUGUGGGGAGACGGGGAAAGGGAUCCGCCACCUCUUAGGUUUCGUAUGACCCCAAAAGUUCCUUCCUUCUGUAGACGCCAUGGAAUGAAUCCUGAGAUACCAACUGAACAGGCUGAUAAUCAGCAGAAAGUGCUGAGCAGAGCUGCCAGCCUUGAGACCACACCACUAGGACUUGAGUAG